ACUAAACUAAACCAAACAGUGAAUUUGUGGUUCUGUGUGUUAACUGGUUUAAACAAGUCAAUCGUGACAGAAUAAGAAAGGGCUAAAACCACAACAUGGACUUCGCCAUAGGCGGCGCAGCCGCCGUCUGCGCAGGUUUUUUCACCAACCCUUUGGAAGUCAUGAAAACCCGGAUGCAACUCCAAGGGGAGCUACGAAGUAGAGGCCACCAUGCCGUCCACUACAAGAACGUGUUUCACGCUGGGUAUGUCAUCGCAAAACAUGAUGGUAUUCUGGCGCUUCAAGCCGGGUUAGUACCAGGAUUGUGGUUUCAGCUGGUACUGAACGGGUACCGCUUUGGGUUGUACCAAAUUCUUGACGAUAAAGGCUACAUGAAAGACAACAAGGGCAAACUCGUGUUUUAUAAAAGCUUGUUGGUUGGGGGUUUCGCAGGGGCUACUGGUGCUUUCAUUGCUAGCCCAUUUUACCUAAUCAAGACACAUUUGCAGUCGCAAGCUUCCAAGGAAAUCGCUUUCGGGCACCAGUACCACUAUAAAGGUACGUGGUCUGGACUUUGGGGGAUUUUUAAAGAACAAGGGGUAAAAGGGCUAUUUCGGGGUGGUUCUUCAGCAGUACCACGAGCUUUCGUGGGUUCCACGUCGCAGCUGACGUCGUUCGCGUACUGUAAAGAGUUUAUGCGGAAGUACGACAUUUUGCAGAACUCGCCUUUGAUUAUGAGCUUUGUGGCAAGUAUGGUUGGAGGUGUUGCCAUUAGUGUGAUGAUGACACCGUUUGAUUUAGUAUCAACACGACUGUACAAUCAAGGUGUCGAUCAGUUUGGUAAAGGGUUGUUAUACACGGGUUACACCGACUGUGUUAUCAAAAUCUGGAAAACUGAGGGCUUCCUAGGGUUCUAUAAAGGUCUAGGUGCUAGUUAUUUUAGGUUAGGACCCCACACUGUAUUAUGUUUGAUGUUUUGGGACGAGUUCAAAGAAUUAUACAAUAAAAUAAAAUAAAUAAAGCAAUUUUUGUCAUA